GUGAGCAUGGACAGCAGGAUCAAGGAAAAUCCAGAACGUACCUUUGAUUUAGUAGUAAAGGUAAAAUGCCAGACAUCUGAGAAUGAAGAUCCAGUGGUACUAUGGAAGUUCCCGGAGGACUUUGGAGACCAGGAAGUGCUGAACAGUGUGCCAAAGUUCUGCUUUCCCUUUGACAUUGAAAGGGUGUCCCAAAACCAAGUAGGACAGCACUUCACCUUUGUGCUUACAGACAUUGAAAGUAAACAAAGGUUUGGAUUUUGCCGGUUGACAUCAGGAGGGAAGGCCUGCCUCUGUAUUUUGAGUUACCUGCCAUGGUUUGAGGUAUACUACAAGCUGUUAAAUACUCUGGCAGAUUAUUUGGAUAAAGAACAGGAAAAUGAUUUAAAUGAUUUGUUAAAAUCAUUAUAUAACCACGCUGUGCCAAGUGCAAAUACUCCUGUCAGUUUAAAUGUGAACCAAGAGAUGUUUUUUGCAAGUGAACAAGUUCUGAAAAAACAGCCUUACCUAGUAUCGCAUUUAUACUUCAUUACUCCUGAUGUAACUGGAUUGCCAACUAUCCCUGAAAGUAGAAAUCUUACUGAAUAUUUUGUUGCUGUGGAUGUAAACAACAUGCUGCAACUUUAUGCCAGUAUGCUGCAUGAGAGACGGAUCAUUAUUACCUCUAGCAAACUAAGCACUUUAACUGCUUGUGUUCAUGGGUCAACUGCAUUGAUAUAUCCAAUGUACUGGCAACACAUAUACAUCCCAGUCCUUCCUCCACACCUGCUGGACUAUUGUUGUGCACCAAUGCCAUAUCUAAUUGGAGUUCACUUAAGCUUAAUAGAGAGAGUAAAAAAUAGAUCACUGGACGAUGUGGUUUUGUUAAAUGUUGACACAAACACUUUAGAAACCCCAUUUAAUGACCUGAACAACCUGCCUAGUGAAGUGGUCUCGGCCUUGAAAAAUAAACUGAAGAAGCAGUCUACAGCAACGGGUGAUGGAGUAGCUAGGGCCUUUCUUAGGGCACAGGCAGUGCUGUUUGGAUCCUACAGAGAUGCACUAAGAUACAAACCUGGAGAGCCUGUCACUUUCUGUGAGGACAGUUUUGUGAAGCAUCGUUCCAGUGCUGUUAAGCAGUUCCUGGAAACUGCAGUGAAUCUUCAACUUUUUAAACAGUUUAUUGAUGGCCGACUAUCAAAAUUAAAUGGAGGAAAGAGAUUCUCUGAUGCUUUUGAGGAAGAGAUCACUUCAGGAGGCUUUUCUGGAGGAAAUUCAAGAUCCUAUCAGCAGUGGGUGUAUACAGUAAAGAAAGGAGGUGCACUAAUCAACACAGCAGUGACCAAAGCCAGUCCUGCCAUGAAAACAGCGUACAACUUUGCUAAAAGUCAUGCAAAGCAGGGAAUAAAAGAAGUGAGGAGUAAGUUAAAACAUAAGGAAAGUGAUGAAGAACAUGAAACUCAAAGUUCAAGUGCAGCACAGUAUACUCCAGUCUACACAGUACACAAUGAGAAGAGAGGAAGUUUAGAGAAACGAAAACUUGCUCAAACCCGUUUCAACUCACGCUUUGGUAAUCAUGACUUCACCCUGGAUGAAGAUGAUGAUGAAAUAGACAGAAGAAGCAAGUUGUCAUCUGAAGAUAGCGAGGAAGCUUCCACUUGUUUAUAUGAUAGCGAUGAUUCUGAUGAAACAGAAGGAACCUCUCAUCACCCAGGAGAAAUGGACUUGCUCGGAGAGAUUCUGGACACUCUGAGCACACACAGUUCAGAUCGAGGAAAGCUCUCAGGAGCAAAGAGCCUGGAUUUCUUUAGAUCAAUGGAUGAUAUUGAUUACAAGACUACGAACAAAUCCAACGCACCUAGUGAAAGCAACCUCAUGCUGCUCUGUGGUAGUACUAAUGAUCAAGCACAUUGGAACCUUGGUCAGGAUGACAGUGUCCUCCACUGGAAACAGCUCCCUCCAUCACCACGGAAGCGAGUUCCUUCCAGUUGCCCUACAGUAUCUCUCUCAAUGCCAGAAGAAGAAAAUAGUGACAAAACCCUUAGUGCUGACAGCAUGGCCUUUGCUUCUCUGGAAUAUUCCCAAGUAGAUGACUCUUCCUACAAGAAGACCAAACAAAAUGAAACACUAAGCAAUACCUCAAAGGCUCAACGCCCAGUGAGCAUGGGUCAACAGCCAUCCAUUCUGGUCCCUUGGGAAAAAGAAGAAAAUGAAGGAAAUGAAACCUCAGAAGAGGGCGGACUACUUCAUGAAGUUGUAUCACUGUGUCAGAUGACUUCUGCUUUUCACCAUAGUUUAAACAUUUCAGAUGAUAAUAUAUGCAGAAAUAGCAGUGGAAAUAAAGCAUAAGAAAACUGCAAGAGGAGAAGCCUGAUUCCUAUCAGAGGCUAAAAUGAGGCUGCUCAGGACUCCAUGUAAUACAAGAUAACCAAAAGAUCAAACAGGAACAACAGCUCUUCCAUUUAGGAAAAAAAUCUGAUUAUUACAUGCAUUUUCUCCCCUUGAGACAUCUCCUUCUUUGUUUGCCAGGGUUUUUUUUGGCAGCAUUGAAGUUCACACGAUGGAAUUAAAAUGUAUUAAUGCACUCUUAAAUCAGGUUCUAGUUAGUCUGUAUGUUGAAAAUACACCUGGUGUAUGUAUGGUGCUUACCAGUGUCUAGUUCCUUUAUGCAGCUGGAAGUGUAUCACCACAGCAGACGUCCAGAUUCUGAAGGUACUGUAUUAAUCCUGUUGGCAUGAUGAAAUGACAAAAAAAAAAAAAGAA